AAAUUUGUGAUAACAUCGAAUGCAAAAAGGGAUCUGAUAUUUACAAUCUGGGUAUCGUUCUUUGGGAGAUUUCGAAUGACAACUUGAAUACACUUGACCAUGGAGUUAUACGGAAUUCGUUGAAAAACACCGUUUCUGACAUAAGUAGCAAUGGAAAACCUCAUGAGUAUGAGAAGAUUUAUACAGAUUGCUGGCAAAUCGAGCAUCCAAAUAUUGAAAAGGUUGUUGAAGAACUCAGUAAACUUGAUUUUACAACAGAAAUAAAUGAACAUUUUACUCACCAUAAUGAAACAGGGAACGUUUUAGAUUCUAAUAGAAAAAUCACACCAUCGGAAGUGCAGGCCACGGAGUUAGAUAU